GCCAUUGGUACUUCAGACGGGGACGAACAUCGUGAUGGGCUUCUGUAUUAGGUCUGCACUUCCAUCGUACCGUACACAUGUUGGGUAAGGACCCUGGACAGGGAGAUACAUUUUCCACGAGAGGACUUCAAGCCGACGUCACAACCCCACAAAGUAGCCAAUCGACAUACAAUUCCCCUCAUCACUCGUCAGGCGCACUAGCCAAUCAGGAACCGCAGAGGAUCAUGAGGGUUCGAGCCGAGCCAACCAAUCAGCCGUCAUGUUGGGGCAUUCUGGAUGUAAAUGAAGUAAGGUAAAAACCAGCUUACCUCCAGGGCCGUUAUAGUCAGAACCAGUCCGACCGACGAAGGUGGGAUGGACGUCGGUACUCCAGCUACGAUGUCUCUCAACGACAGCCAGUCCACAAUGAUGGUGUGGAACGAUUCGGUCUGGGAGUGGGAGGACCUGAACUCCACCUUCAACACAACUUUUUCCGGCGACAGCAGUGCCCGGGAGUCCCCGUCCACGACGUGGCUCGUCCUGACGGGGUUGGUGCUGUCCCUGCUCAUCCUCGUGGCCAUACUGGGCAACGCCAUGGUCCUGCUAGCCUUCAUCAAGGACCGGCGCCUCUGCACGCCUGCCAACUACCUCAUCGUGUCCAUGGCUGUAGCCGACUUACUGGUCUCCGUGUCGGUCAUGCCGCUGAACGCUACCUAUGAGCUGAUGCAGACGUGGAGACUGGGCCGGCCCGCCUGUGACCUGUGGAUCUCCCUGGACGUCACCUCCUGCACGGCCUCCAUCUUGUCUCUCUGUGUCAUCGCCCUGGACCGCUACUGGGCCAUCACAGACGCCGUCAAGUACAUGCACCAGCGAACCACCCGCCGUGCUGUGGUGAUGGUGGCUCUGGUGUGGGUGGCGUCGCUAUGCAUCUCGGUCCCCCCGCUGUUCGGCUGGCGCACGGCGCAGGACGUGGCAGACCCGCUUGUCUGCAGGAUAUCGCAGGACUAUGGCUACACCAUCUUCUCGACUUUCGGCGCCUUCUACGUCCCCUCGGCAGUCAUCCUGGUGGUGUACUGGAAGAUCUUCCGGGCGGCCCAGCGGCGGAUCCGGGUGCGGGUCGGUGCUCAGGUCCCGCCGGCCAGACGGAACAAGCCCCGGCCCUCGGAUGAUGACACCGCCGCCGAAUCACGCCCCACUGCUCCUCCGCGCCAGAACCGACGUCAGGAGAACGGCCAGGACCGAGCAGACAUCAACGUCAAGGUCAUCUCCGUCCAGCCCGCUGGCCACAGCCCACACCACUCCACCACCACAACGGCGACCACACCCGAGCCGCAGGCGGGCGGAUCUUCUGACAAAUUUGCUUCGAUGGAGGUGUACUCGUCAAAGGCGACCUCUUCGAAGGGAGCAGCCUACGAGGAGCGGUUCUCCAAGGCACCCUGCGUGGCCACCGUGUCAGAAGGCAUCGCCGUGAUGGAGCGCGCCUCCGACGGCUUCAACAGCGCGCAGAACCUCAAGAAGAAGAUCGUCUUCUCCAAGGAGCGGCGAGCCGCCAAGACGCUGGGCAUCAUCACCGGCGUGUUCAUCGUGUGCUGGCUGCCGUUCUUCCUGGUGGCCCUGAUCGAGCCGUUCUGCGCCAGCUGCGACAUCUCCAACCUGACCAGGAGCGUCAUCACCUGGCUGGGGUACGCCAACUCCGCCAUGAACCCCGUCCUCUACGGCUUCGUCAACAAGGACUUCCAGAAGGCCUUCCAGAAGAUCUUCAGAAGAAGAAACAACAACUAAUGAACUGUGACUUCCUUUUGACAGUAAUACGACGCUAGUCCCGUGGCUUUUAUGUUAUUGGUUCAUCAUUCUCUGUGUGCAUAAAGUACCUUUGUUUCCGUAUAUCAUUAUCAAUUGGUCAGGAAAUGCUAUUAGAUGACAUAAGUUGCUUCUCUUUCUAAAUGUUCAAUUAGAUCUUAGGGAUCAUGGUCACGUUAUCAUGUACAGAAUAAUCUGAUAAUAGUGCCAGAAAUAGUCUUUGAUUCUGUGUUGUUUCCUGGAAUUAAGUUAAAGUACAAGAUAAUGUCAGUUGCACUGAGAGAAAUAUAAUUUCAGUUCCAUAGAGAAACAUAGCCGAAGUAUCUAAACAGAAACUUUUCUUGUUGUAGUCGAUAGUAGACACAGAUUGUAUAUUUGCUACUUAUUGUGCGUAAGAUUAUACUGUAGCUUUCGUCUAUAUGAGUGAAUGCCGCAUUGUGAUAGCUUAUCAGUACAGUUUUGAUACGGUGAAUCUGUGUCGGUCGACGGUGCACUGUUGCAGCACUUGCACCUCCACUCGGACAACUUCUAGCCGUUCUUUUUCUCAUUUGCACGACCUACAGCAUAAAUUGGCACAUGUGUGAGUGGACAAAGUUUUAUUAAGUAUCCAUAAGGUGAGGAUGUACGUCGUUUGUAUUGUUGACAUGGGGCCUUGAUGGUAUCAUCAUCUC